AUGCGUCUACAAACCGCCGCGGAUGCACUCCGUUGCAAGACCUUCCCCAUGUUUCUGAAGGGUAAGACCCGACUCUGGUUCCAGGGCCUAGCACCGGGGUCUAUCCGGAGUUUCACCGAGCUGGCCAGACAGUUCGCCGCCCAGUUCGUCUCCUCGAAAAUCUACUCGAAAAAUGCGGCUCACCUGAUGGCCAUCAAGCAGAAGCCGAACGAAUCCCUGAAGAAUUUCAUGACGCGCUUCAACACAGAAAACCUGCAGAUCAGGGACAAGGAUGAAAAGGUGGUCAUGGCUGCCUUUAUGAACGGGUUAAGGGUAGAGGAGCUCUACUACAAACUUGUCGAACAUCCCCCCAAGAAUCUGGGAGAGCUCUUGACCCGGGCUCACGCCGUCGCCAACGCAGAGGAGGCCGGCCGCCUGAAACGAGAGUUAGAUCGGAAACUCGGGGACCGGAGAGGACGGGGAAACCCCUCCGAGAGUAAGGAUGCCCCGGCCAAGAAGAAUGUGUUUGAUCGGCUCUCGAAGGAAAAAGCCCCUGCUCCGCCACCGAUCCCGGAGAAAGGCUAUACCUCCCUAACUCGACCCAGGGCCCAGAUCCUGGCUGUCAUGGAGGCAGAGGGCCUGGGAGACCGGCCGCCUAAAAUGGGCACACCUCGGAAUAAGAGGAACCAGGAUCGGUACUGUGCCUUCCACAGGGACGUCGGGCAUGAUACUGAGGGGUGCUGGGCCCUAAAGAGGGAAAUCGAAGACCUUGUCCAACGCGGUUUCCUGGGGCGAUUUGUGCGGCAAGGUCAACCGGGCCAGGAGCGCGGACGUGCCUACCGCGAAGAGAGGGACGAAGGUUACCGCCGAGACCGCCCUGAGCGGUGUGACGCGGCCCGAGGCUACUCCCCCGACCAGGGCACUCAGAACCUGGCAGGGGUCAUAAACACCAUAACUGGGGGUCCCACGGGAGGAGACAGCCAUACAGCCCGGAAGAACAGGCGGCCUCCCCCUGACGGAGAUGAUUCAUUGAAGCGUCUGCGUAUGGAUGAGGAGAUCACCUUCGGACCGAGGGACGCGGUUCCCUUGGCAGCCGGAAAUCAUGAGGCUAUCGUAAUAGACGUCGUCACCAAUAAUUACCGGGUGAAGAAAGUGUACGUCGAUCAGGGAAGUGCAGUGGACAUCCUGUUCUACAGGGUGUUCAAGGAGCUCGGCCUGGAGGACGGACAGCUAACCCCUGUUUGGACACCUCUGGUAGGCUUUACCGGACCGCCCAUCAAUCCGGAAGGGAUGAUUACCCUGAUGGUCACGGUAGGCCAGGCGCCCAGAUGCCGGACCAUCCCUGUCAAUUUCGUGGUGGUUAAGUAG